AUGGCUUCGGCUUCAUGCAUUAUCCUUUCAUCUUGUUUCUUGGCCAGUCUAUUAUAUCCUACCGCAACCGCGCUCGGUGGAAGCUGGUCCCUCCUCAAGCAAAGCAUCGGCAUCUCCGGCAUGCACAUGCAGCAACUCCCCACCGACCGUGUCAUCAUUUUCGACCGGACUGACGUCGGUGCAACCAAAAUCUCCCUUCCAGACGGAAAAUGCCGAGACGAUAAGAACGACCAGACUUUAAAGAAAGACUGUACAGCUCAUUCUAUCGAAUACAAUGUUGCUUCCAAUUCCGUUCGUCCCCUAAUGAUCCUCACCGACACCUGGUGCUCCUCCGGUGCUUUAAUGCCGGACGGCAGCCUCAUGCAGAGCGGCGGGUUCAAUGACGGCGAUCACGUCGUAAGAGUUUUUAAGGGAUUAUGUAAUAAGUGCGAUUGGGUUGAGAUGCCAUUCGGAUUGAUUCAAAGAAGAUGGUACGCUACGAAUCAUAUAUUACCUGAUGGGCGUAUGAUUGUUAUAGGUGGUCGAGGGCAAUUUAAUUACGAGUUCUUCCCGAAAACUGCGAUGACGCGGAAAACUUAUGAUCUGCCUUUCUUACUUCAGACACGUGAUGCAAAAGUAGAGAAUAAUUUAUACCCAUUUGUGUUUCUUAAUCCAGAUGGUCAUCUGUUUGUUUUUGCCAAUAAAGGCGCUAUUUUAUUGGAUUACUCUCGUAACCAAGUUCUGAAAAAGUACCCUGAAAUACCCGGCGGUGAUCCAAGAAAUUAUCCAAGCUCAGGGUCCGCCGUUCUACUACCGUUGCGUCUUGUUAAUGGGAAAGUAGAUUCGGUGGAGAUUUUAGUUUGUGGGGGUGCACCUAAAGGAGCAUUUGUAAAUGCUAAAAAAGGGAUAUUUAAUGAAGCUUUGGAUACUUGUGGCAGGAUUAAAAUAUCCGACCCGGAUCCAAAAUGGUCCAUGGAAAAAAUGCCGAUGGGUCGGGUAAUGGGAGAUAUGUUAUUACUACCAAACCGCAACGUUUUAAUCAUUAAUGGCGGGUCAAAGGGGACCGCUGGAUGGGGAUAUGGACGAAACCCGGUUCUUAAUCCUGUAAUAUACCGACAUGAUAACCCGAUUAAUUCUCGUUUUGAGGUACAAAAUCCGAGCACUAUACCCCGGAUGUAUCAUUCGACUGCUAUUUUGCUUCGAGACACGAGAAUUUUAGUUUGUGGAAGUAACCCUCAGAAAUUUUAUACGUUCAGAAAUGUAUUUUUCCCUACAGAAUUAAGCUUAGAGGCGUUUUCACCUUGGUAUUUGAAUCCAAAUUUGCAUGGGACACGUCCGAAAAUAAUUUCACCCGCAACACAGACAAGAAUUCGUUAUAAUAAGCGCAUAAUCAUUCGGUUCAUAGUUGAAAACAAGGUGGACCCAAGCUCAACAUUGGUGACAAUGGUGGCACCUUCGUUUAACACGCAUUCGUUUUCAAUGAACCAGAGGCUCAUGGUUCUUGAUGGUGGCAACACCGUGAAUGCCGUCGGAAAAUCGACGUAUGAAGUUAACGCGGUGGCACCGCCGUCAGGCAACAUUGCACCGGCGGGGUUUUACAUGUUAUUUGUGGUGCAUCAGGAUGUCCCGAGUGAUGGGAUUUGGGUUUCGAUGCAGUGA